GCGGCAGAGGCUAAGCAGAGUAGAGAUGGAAAAACAUCGAUGUUGCCCCGCCAAACAUCGAUGAAACCGAUGUUUUUCAAAACAUCGAUGACAUCGAUGUUGGUAUCAAUGUUUUUCCACCUCUAAUCAGAUUGUACCACCAAAAUUGCUCGUAUUCCUCCGAAAUUGCAGGUAAAACGCAUAAACAGAUAAAAUCGCGAAAGUCGUGCCUUGCCAAGAGAUCCUCGAGAAAAGUGGCCAAGAAUACGGAGGACAACGCAGAAGGACGAAGGUGAAAAUGACAAACCUGUGAAUUGCCAAAAACAGUGCCUGGUGGGGGUGUCUCUCCUGCUCUCCCGCUCUCUCUCGCUAUCCGCUCGGCUCACAGCUCACCCCUCUCGCUCGCUCGUCCGCUGGAAGGAGGGGGAUGGACGGUUGAUGUUACGAGCGCAGAGCAGCAGUGUGAAUCACGUUUGGACGACCCCACGGGAACCCAUAGAAGCCAACGAUGUACCAGAGUGCCUGCCAGGCGGCCACCACGGGAUCUUGUGUCCCGGGCACAGGCCAGCAGCCGGACAACGAGCGUCAGUCGGCGCUGAUCGCCCAACAACCCCCCACCGCGCCCGUGGAGCCCGACUACAGUGGCUUCGAUAUCGUUAAGGCCACCCAGUACGGGGCCAUUGCACGGGUCCGGGAACUGGUCGAGUCCGGCUGGGAUGUCAAUCAGCCGGACAGCGAAACGGUCACCCUGCUCCACUGGGCGGCCAUCAACAAUCGACGCGAUAUCAUCCGGUAUUUCCUCGAGAAGGGCGCCACCGUGGACGCCGUGGGCGGCGAGCUGAAUGCCACGCCCCUGCACUGGGCCACCCGGCAGGGACACCUCGGUGCCGUCGUCCUGCUCAUGGCUGCUGGCGCCGAUCCAAGGAUCCGGGAUGCGGAGGGCUGCUCCUGCAUACACAUUGCCGCUCAGUUCGCCCACACUGCCUUGGUGGCCUACUUCAUAGCCAAGGGCGUGGAUCCGGAUCUUCAGGAUCGGGGCGGAAUGACGGCGCUGAUGUGGGCAGCAUGGAAGGUUUGCGCUCUGGAUCCCGUGCGCUUGCUGCUGACUCUCGGAGCCAAUCCCGCCAUGGUUGAUUAUACGCAUGGAAACACGGCUUUACAUUGGGCCAUUCUGGCACGCAAUGCCACGGCCAUUUCCACACUGGUGCUCAAGUCGAAGGCCUCACUGGAUGUGCCCAAUCUGCGGGGCGAGACGCCGCUCUCCAUGCUGGAGGCCCAAACGGGCGCCAUCUGGAUAGGGGCCAAGGUGAUGGAUCGCGUCAGGGAGGCGGCGCUGACGUCGCAGCAACGGCGAUCACUGGUCUCCAAGCUGCGGCACGACAAACGCCUGAGGUGGUGGUCCAUGGUGGCCUGCCCCUUCACCGCUUUCUAUUUGGCUGGCAUCGUCUUCACCGUGAACACGUUGUACAUUAUUAAGUUUUUCCUGCUCGGCUGUUUGUAUGCCAUAUUCCACACCAUCGGCAAGGCUCUGUUCGAUGAGCACCUGAUGGCCCUGUUGCCGCUGAGCGUUUACCUGGCCACUAAGGCAUGGUUCUAUGUCACCUGGCUGAUGUACAUCGACAACGCUGUUUCGUUCACGACCACCAUUUGCUUCCUGAUCUCAUCGCUGGCCUUGUGGGUGUGCUUCCUCAAGUCGUGGAAAGGAGAUCCAGGCAUUAUUCGGCCCACCAGGGAGCAGCGAUUUAAGACCAUCAUUGAGCUGUCGGAGCGGGGUGGAGUCGGAUUUGAGCCCGCCUCCUUCUGCUCCGGCUGCCUGGUGCGCCGGCCCAUCCGCUCCAAGCACUGCUCCGUGUGCGAUCGCUGUGUGGCGAGAUUCGAUCACCACUGUCCCUGGGUGGGCAAUUGUAUUGGUCUGAAAAACCACAGCUACUUCAUGGGAUUCCUCUGGAUGCUGCUGAUUAUGUGCCUUUGGAUGCUGUACGGCGGAUCCAAGUACUAUGUCAACCAAUGCAAUGUGCGAUUCGAUGAUUUUCUCGGUGCCAUGCGGGCCAUUGGCAACUGCGACGCCUGGGUGGGCUGGGUAAUGGGCAAUGCGCUGCUGCACAUGUCCUGGGUGAUCCUGCUGACGAUCUGUCAGACAUAUCAGGUGAUUUGCCUGGGCAUGACCACCAACGAGCGCAUGAACCGGGGACGCUAUCGCCACUUCCAGGCCAAGGGCGGCCACAGCCCGUUCACGCGCGGUCCCAUCCAGAACCUCGUCGACUUCCUCGAGUGCAGCUGCUUUGGAUUGGUGCAGCCCAAGCGGGUGGACUGGAUGAACUACUACGACUACGAUGCCCAGACGCAUCAGACCAUCGAGAAGGAGCCGCUACUGAGCGUGGACUGCCCCGAUGGAAUGGCAGACGACCACCAGUACGUGUAGGAUAAGUCCUAUCGGGAUGCGAAGACGCUUCAGAUGCCCAUCGCGCAUGUUUAACAAUCGACACCAAACGCUUUAGAGAGUCCGCUACUGCUUUUUCUCUAUCCCAAAAAACCAACCAGCUUCAUUUCCGUUUACCUUUUUAAUUGGUCCCCGCUGAUCUGCUGCAAAAUCAUAAAGUGCGAUUCGCGACAAAGAAUUCAACACAACCCAGACAGAAGCGUCAUCGCUGACCGAUAUCGGAUUGACGAGUUGGGGGUCCAGGCCAAGCAUGGCCACCCUUCACUUGCGUACAUAUUAUGCAUGUAUUACUGUAAUUACUCUGUACAUUUUUGCGUAUUUCCUACUCUUCGAUCGUAAGCCGAAAGUACACAAAACCUUUUUGUCCUUGAAAGUAUUUGUAUACCAAAAACAUAAAUGCAAACCUAAGCAAAUUAAUACCGAACAAAUUUACCAAUGCAACCAUAAUCAAAGCAAGAGUUCGUUUAAGAAAGCAAUAUUCAAGAUUCUAAUUCACCUAUUGAGAUAUUAACAAAUUGUAAAGCGCACACAACAAAAAAAAAAAAAACACCAAACGAAUUAAGAAGCAAGUGAAAACGUAGUAAUAAUUUAAGGAAUUUGCCUGGAUGCGGAAUCUGAGCGAAGUUUGUCUUAAGUGUAGUGAGAAAUUGAGCAUUAUGUAUUUAGAAAAGUGUAAAGUUAAUAGUGAAAAUUCUAAAAUACGCAGUCUUCACGUACUUUUUGAGACGCUGACAGCUCUCUAGGUUCGACAGCUUCGUUUCAGGGACUGCAAAACACAGGCUCCAUAAAUAUUACUUAUUAAAGAAGAUAACCAACUGAUCAGAAGCACUAGCAUACUUAAACAUAUAAUACAUUUUUAAUACGAUCCAAUUCUUAUUAUGCACUAGUCUAGUCAGAAAAUCAUUUAAGUAAAAUGUUAAAGUGCAACUACGGACACAAAAUCGAUAAAUAAAUUGCAUAUUUAUAUAAACCCAUAUAGCUAUGAAACGAUAUAUUUAUAAUGAGAAAGGAAUUUCAGCAACCUGAGAACAACACGCAGCAUAGCCAGGAAUAAAUGAUAUGUUGUAAUUGUAACACGUUACUUAAAUGCAUUUAAAUAUUAAUUCAAACGAAGUCUACAAACAAAUCUAAUACGCAGAAACGCUAAGCAAACAUUUUCAACUAUGUACUAAAUAUUGAUAAAAACUCACAACUUUUUCGAUGAAUUUUGUAUUUGAGAUUAUACAAACGGAGAUGGAUAAACGGAUAGAGAUGAAGCGAUUUGCUAAGAAAGUUAUAUGUUUCAAAACCAUUUUGUAUAUUCCUUUCGCUCGCAUUGCUACCAAGAAUAAAGCUUUCAAAAGACUAUAUAAGCCGAACAAGAUCCAACAUCAAGCAAGCCUC